AUGGAGAAGAAAUCCGAGCAAGGCUUGAGUCCUGUGGUCUUUGCAUGUGGAAGUAAGGAAAAUGAGAAAGACCCCCCCAAGGAAUCGGAGAACGAGCUGGUGGUGGGGAAGCGGACAGAAAAAGUGAAGCCACUCAUGAGGCCAAAAAAAUGCGAUGAGCCCCUUGUCUCUGGACUCCCCCACGUAGCCUUCAGCAGCUCGUCCUCCAUGUCUGCAAGCUACUCUCCCGGCUACGCCAAGAUCAACAAGCGAGGGGGGGCUGGGGGAUGGUCUCCCUCCGACAGUGACCAUUAUCAGUGGCUUCAGGUGGACUUUGGCAACCGGAAGCAGAUCAGUGCCAUCGCAACCCAAGGAAGAUACAGCAGCUCCGACUGGGUGACCCAGUACCGCCUGCUCUACAGCGACACUGGCAGGAACUGGAAGCCCUAUCAUCAGGACGGGAACAUCUGGGCGUUCCCCGGGAACACCAACUCCGACGGCGUGGUGCGCCACGACCUGCAGCACGCGGUCACCGCCCGCCACGUGCGCUUCGUGCCGCUGGACUGGAGCGGCGAGGGCCGCAUCGGGCUCCGCAUCGAGGUCUACGGCUGCUCCUACUGGGCUGAUGUUAUCAACUUUGAUGGCCAUGUUGUGCUGCCAUAUAGAUUCAGAAACAAGAAGAUGAAAACGCUGAAAGAUGUCAUUGCCUUGAAAUUUAAAACCACGGAGAGUGAAGGGGUGCUCUUGCACGGGGAAGGGCAGCAAGGAGACUACGUCACCUUGGAACUGAAGAAAGCGAAGCUGGUCUUCAGUUUAAACCUCGGAAGCAACCAGCUCGGCCCCAUCUACGGCCACACGUCCGUGACGACGGGAAGCCUGCUGGACGACCACCACUGGCACUCGGUGGUCAUUGAGCGCCAGGGCCGGAGCAUCGACCUCUCCCUGGACAGGAGCGUGCAGCACUUCCGCACCAACGGCGAGUUCGACUACCUGGACCUGGACUACGAGAUAACCUUUGGAGGCAUACCUUUCUCUGGGAAGCCAAGCUCCAGCAGCAGAAAGAAUUUCAAAGGCUGCAUGGAGGGCAUUAACUACAACGGCGUCAACAUAACUGACCUUGCGAGAAGGAAGAAGCUGGAGCCCUCCAACGUGGGAAACCUGAGCUUCUCCUGUGUGGAGCCCUCCACGGUGCCGGUCUUUUUCAACGCCACCAGCUACCUGGAGGUGCCCGGACGGGCCCACCAGGACCUGUUUGCCGUCAGUUUCCAGUUCAGGACUUGGAACCCCAACGGCCUCCUGCUUUUCAGUCACUUUGCAGAUAAUUUGGGCAGCGUGGAGAUCAACCUCAUUGAGAGCAAAGUCGGCGUCCACAUCAACGUCACGCAGACCAAGAUGAGCCAAAUAGACAUCUCCUCAGGUUCCGGGCUGAAUGACGGACAGUGGCACGAGGUUCGCUUCCUGGCCAAGGAAAAUUUUGCUAUUCUCACCAUCGAUGGAGAUGAAGCAUCGGCAGUUCGAACCAAUAGUCCUCUUCAAGUUAAAACUGGCGAGAAGUACUUCUUUGGAGGGUUUCUGAACCAGAUGAGUAACUCAAGUCACUCUGCCCUCCAGCCGUCAUUCCAAGGAUGCAUGCAGCUCCUUCAGGUGGACGACCAACUUGUCAAUUUAUACGAGGUCGCACAGGGGAGGCCAGGAAGCUUUGCGAACGUCAGCAUCGACAUGUGUGCCAUCAUAGACAGAUGUGUGCCCAAUCACUGUGAGCAUGGUGGGAAGUGCUCUCAAACAUGGGACAGCUUCAAAUGUACCUGCGAUGAGACGGGAUACAGUGGGGCCACCUGCCACAACUCCAUCUAUGAGCCGUCCUGCGAGGCGUACAAACACCUGGGCCAGACGUCAAACUACUACUGGAUAGACCCGGAUGGCAGCGGACCGCUGGGGCCUCUGAAGGUGUACUGCAACAUGACAGAGGACAAAGUGUGGACCAUUGUGUCUCACGACCUGCAGAUGCAGACGACAGUGGCGGGCCACAGCCCAGAAAAAUACUCGGUGACGCAGCUGGCCUACAGCGCCUCCAUGGACCAGAUCAGCGCCAUCACCAGCAGCGCUGAGUACUGCGAGCAGUAUGUCUCCUACUUCUGCAAGAUGUCCAGGCUGUUGAACACCCCAGAUGGAAGCCCGUACACCUGGUGGGUUGGCAAAGCCAACGAGAAGCACUACUACUGGGGAGGCUCCGGGCCUGGAAUUCAGAAGUGCGCCUGCGGCAUCGAGCGCAACUGCACAGACCCCAAGUACUACUGUAACUGCGACGCGGACUACAAGCAGUGGAGGAAGGACGCUGGCUACUUAUCCUACAAAGAUCACCUGCCGGUGAGCCAGGUGGUGGUUGGGGAUACCGACCGGCAAGGCUCGGAGGCGAAGCUGAGCGUGGGCCCCCUGCGCUGCCAAGGAGACAGGAACUACUGGAACGCGGCCUCAUUCCCCAACCCGUCUUCCUACCUGCACUUCUCGACCUUCCAAGGGGAAACCAGUGCCGACAUUUCUUUCUACUUCAAAACGCUGAUCCCGCGGGGGGUGUUCCUGGAAAACCUGGGGAACACGGAUUUCAUCAAACUCGAGCUGAAAUCUGCCACAGAAGUAUCCUUUUCAUUCGAUGUUGGGAACGGACCAGUGGAGAUUGUGGUGAGGUCGCCCACCCCGCUCAACGAUGACCAGUGGCACCGGGUCACCGCAGAGAGGAACGUCAAGCAGGCCAGCCUGCAGGUGGACCGGCUGCCACAGCAGAUCCGGAAGGCGCCAACCGAGGGCCACACACGCCUGGAGCUCUACAGCCAGCUGUUCGUUGGUGGCGCCGGAGGCCAACAGGGCUUCCUGGGCUGCAUCCGCUCCCUGAGGAUGAAUGGGGUGACGCUGGACCUGGAGGAGAGAGCAAAGGUCACUUCCGGUUUCAAGUCCGGCUGCUCAGGCCACUGCACCAGCUAUGGGGCCAACUGUGAGAACGGAGGCAAGUGCGUGGAGAAGUACCACGGCUACGCCUGCGACUGCUCCCACACGGCCUAUGACGGCACGUUCUGCAACAAAGAUGUCGGUGCAUUUUUUGAAGAGGGAAUGUGGCUGCGGUAUAACUUCCAGGCACCCGGGGUCAGCGGCAAAGAACCCGGCAGCAGAGCGGAGAGCUCACCGGAGCAGCAGAGCCCACCACUGGACCUGGCCUACGAGGAGAUUCGGUUCAGCUUCAGCACCUCCAAGGCGCCCUGCAUUCUCCUCUACGUCAGUUCUCUCACCACGGACUUCUUGGCGGUCCUCGUCAAACCCACCGGAAGCUUACAGAUUCGGUACAACCUGGGCGGCACCAGAGAGCCAUACAACAUUGACGUGGACCACAGGAACAUGGCCAACGGACAGCCCCACAGCGUUAACAUCACCCGUCGCGAGAAGACCGUCACGCUCAAGCUUGAUCAUUAUCCCUCCGUGAGCUACCACCUACCGAGUUCGUCUGACACGCUGUUCAACUCUCCCAAGUCGCUCUUCCUGGGAAAAGUUAUAGAAACAGGGAAGAUUGACCAAGAGAUUCACAAGUACAACACCCCAGGCUUCACCGGGUGCCUCUCCCGAGUCCAGUUCAACCACAUCGCCCCCCUCAAGGCGGCCUUGCGACAAACCAACGCCUCCGCGCACGUGCACACCCAGGGUGAGCUGGUGGAGUCCAACUGCGGGGCCUCCCCGCUCACGCUCUCACCGAUGUCGUCCGCCACCGACCCCUGGCACUUAGAUCACCUGGACUCAGCCAGUGCUGAUUUUCCUUAUAACCCAGGACAAGGCCAAGCAAUAAGAAAUGGAGUCAACAGGAACUCAGCCAUCAUCGGAGGGGUCAUCGCUGUGGUGAUUUUCACCAUCCUCUGCACCUUGGUCUUCCUCAUUCGGUACAUGUUCCGCCACAAAGGAACCUACCACACCAACGAGGCGAAGGGCGCAGAGUCAGCUGAGAGCGCGGAUGCUGCCAUCAUGAACAACGACCCCAACUUCACAGAGACCAUUGACGAAAGCAAAAAGGAAUGGCUCAUUUGAGGGGCGGCUGUUUGGCG